UGACGUUAAAGGUUCUCUGGGGAAGCGGAGGACGGAGCCGCUGGCCCUGUGAACAAAAUGGCAAAUGCUGAGGCAGGCAAGAAGAUCUUUGUUCAAAAAUGUGCUCAGUGCCACACAGUGGAAAAAGGUGGAAAACACAAGACUGGUCCAAACCUCUGGGGCCUUUUUGGCAGAAAAACAGGACAAGCACCAGGAUUUUCUUAUACCGAUGCAAACAAAAACAAAGGUGUUAUCUGGGGAGAGGAGACUCUGAUGGAAUAUUUGGAGAACCCAAAGAAAUAUAUCCCUGGAACUAAAAUGGUCUUUGCUGGUCUUAAAAAGAAGAGUGAGAGAGAAGAUCUUAUUGAGUAUUUGAAACAGGCAACAUCUUCAUGAAAUGCUCUUACAACUUAAAAAUUAUUAGCUAUAAGCCAAAUUUUUCCAAUUUCAAAUAUUGCAUGUUUGAAGAAGUCAUAUUUGACCUUUCCUGAUCAGCUUGUAGUAAAUUUAACAUUUUAAAAUAAAAGUUGAUAUUUUUGA